AUGGUCGCAAUAUCAGAAGUCCGCAGUCACAACGCAUCGCUCAAGUCUGUCCUACCCAACCCUGUUGCCGUCUUUGUCGGAGGCACAAGCGGAAUUGGCCUCUUCACAGCACGCGAGCUAGUCCGUCACACGGUCUCGCCGACCGUCUACCUCAUUGGGCGCAAUGCCACCGAAGCAAGCAAGAUUGUGGACGAGCUCCGCGAGAUCAACUCGGCGUCAAAAGUAAGCUUUAUCCAAAAGGACGUUUCGCUGUUGAAGAACGUGGACGAGGUAUGCAAUGAGAUCAAGAGCAAGGAAAAGCACGUCAACAUACUCUUUAUGACGUGCGGAUAUCUUACCCUCAAGGGCCGCGACGAGACAGUCGAGGGACUGGAUCGCAAGUUUUCGUUGCACUACUAUGCACGCAUGAGAUUCAUCCAACAGCUGAGCCCAUUGAUGGAUGCAGCAGCAGCAUCAACCGAGCUUUCGCGCGUAGUUGCAGUCUUGGAUCCGCAGGCUGGCCUGCGACUGAAAGGAGUCAACUUCUCGGACCUUUCGCUCAAGAACACGUUUAGCCUGAAGAAUGUCAUGAUUCAUGCGAGCGCGAUGCUUUCUUUGUCCGCAGCCCAGCUGGCUAAGCAGCACCCCGAGACGACGUACAUCCACGCCUACCCAUCGGGGGUUGAGACGGGGGUAACGCGUCAAGUUUUUGGGCCGCUCAAUGGAGUAGCCAAGUUUGUGCUCUCCAAGCUGGGCCGGCUGAUGUUUGUUCCCCAGGGGGAAAGUGGGGAGCGGCAUCUGUUUGCUGCCACCUCGCCUAUCUACGCUCCACGUGUGGCUGCAGAGACGACGAGUAUGGUGGGUAGCGAUGGUGUUGUGGGCAGCGGGAGCUACCUUCUCAACUGGAAUGGCGAGAUAUUGGCAGACACGGACAAUGCGAGAAAGCUUCGAGACGACGGCGGGGUGGACAAGGUUUGGCAGCAUACUGAGGAAGUGCUCAAGUCGAUUGAAGAGCGAGGCAGCUAUUCACCUUAA